AUGGCUUUGGUUGCUUCUGUUGUUGCUUCAUUCGAAUGGACUAUUGAAGCUGCAAGAGAAUUAAUUCGACUUCAACGCGAGAAUCAUGACGAUUUUGAGUUCGAAAUAGUACUCAUUAAAAUAUGGGUACGAAAAUCUCAAGAGGUUGGAAGCUGGAGAGAAUCUCCACAAACAACCAAUAACAAAUCCAACUCUGCAUGA